GUUGGUAAAUUUUGUGGAAAUUUUCCCACAUGAUUUGAUUUAUUAUUUUCACAAAAAAUGGCUUCAUUUUUGAAAAUAAAAACGGAUUUAUUUUCAAAAUGUCUUCGAGAUAUAAAUUAUUCACAAUUACGUAUGGCCAAAAGUCCGGCUCAAACACAACGUGGUUAUAAAAAGAAACAACGAAUAUUCAGUUUGAACAAAAUACCAGGCGAUCGUGUCGAUGAACGAAUGAUGAUUGGUACACAAAAACAUUUGAAUUAUUUUCCCGGAUUAAAUUGUGGUAUAAAUCCACGAGAUAAAUCAUUGUAUGCAAUAACUGCCGGUACAAUUUACUAUUCAAUUGAACGUGUACAAUUAAAUACAAACAAUCCAUUAGUACAACAAUAUUUUGUUAACAAAAUUCAUCCAUAUUAUAACAAAUAUAUUCACGUUAUUCCGGAUAAAUUAGAAAAUGAAUUUCGUCUUGUAGAUAUAUUUAAAGUUUAUUUUUAAAAAAUGGAUAAAAGAAAAUAUACAAUUGUAGCAGCCGUAACUGCAGCCGUAUUUGGUGCAAUCGGUUAUUAUUAUUAUCAUCAUAAAAAUUCAAUGGAUGAUAAGAUUAAAAAAACGGCCGAUACGAUUAAAAAACAAGCCGAUACGGUCAAAGCACAGACCGAUAGUGUUCAGAAAAAUAUUCAAGGAACAUUGAAAGAAAUGGAAAAAACUGUUCCAAAACCAUCAAAAAUUUCUCCCAAAAAAAUGAAUUAAAAUUUUAAAAUUUUGAAUUUGAA